AGUAGGUGGCGGUAUGCAACCAAAAGCUGUUUGCGAUCCGCCAUUAAAAAGAGAAGAAGAAGAAGAAGAAGAAGCAAAACAGAUUUCGUCACUAGCCCGCAACAUAAAUGAGUCCUCCAACGCGGUUGUAGUGUAGUAGCAGCAUGAUGGAAGUGUGCGGCUCUACGAACGUUUCUCUGAGGGAGUUCGGCUGUGAACAAACGUUACUGUCUCGACCGGACGGGUCAGCCUCCUUCGUACAAGGUGACACGAGUGUGAUGGCCGCAGUGUACGGACCAGCUGAGGUCAAAGUCAGUAAGGAAAUCUACGACCGAGCAACCCUGGAGGUGUUGAUCCAGCCCAAAGUGGGACUGCCCAGUGUAAGGGAGCGAUCCCAGGAGCAGUGUGUGAGAGAGACCUGUGAGGCGUCUCUGCUCCUGACCCUCCACCCCCGCUCCUCCCUCACCCUGGUCCUCCAGCUGAUCCAUGACGACGGCUCCCGCCUGGCCUGCUUCCUGAACGCAGCCUGCAUGGCCCUGAUGGACGCAGGCCUGCCCAUGAGCUGCCUGUUCUGUGGGGUGACUUGCGCCAUCAACACAGACUCUGAGAUCAUCACGGACCCCACCGCGGCUCAGGAGAAGGAAAGUCGAGCUUUGAUGACUUUUGCUAUUGACAGCAAGGAACAAAGAGUGAUGAUGUCAUACACCAAGGGAUCAUUUUCAGUUCAUGAGCUGCAGCAGUGUAUAGCAGUCAGCCAGAAAGCCUCAGAGAACAUCUUCCAGUUCUACAGAGACUCCGUCAGCAGGCGCUACUCCAAAAACCUCUGAUGUAGCUGCAGCUCCCUUUUUCCUACUCGUUUUUUCCUUAAAUAUAAAUGCUGAUGUUAUAAAAUAAAAUAUUCUUGAUUUUGUGA